GAAAAAAUGUGCAGAAGUUGUACAAACAAAAGCACUACAUUUGAUUUCCUUACCUUAUAUCCCCCGCCUCAUUAUGUACUGUCUUUGUACCACUUGCUGUUCCAUACUAAAACAAAAACAAAAACAAAAACAUCCUCUCUCUCUCUCUCUCUCUCUCUCACACACACACACACACAGAUACACAAAAACAAACGUUACAACCAGAACCAAAGGCAUCACGCUAUACACACACAGAGAGAGGCAGCAAUUACAGACCUUUUAGAGAGAGAGAGAGAGAGAGAGGCUGUGUUAGCUCUGGCUUGAUAGUGAAGAUGACAAAGAAAGAGAGAGGUAGUAGUCUAAGUUGUUGUAACAGUCUCACACAUUGAACGAUCUGCUGUGGACACGAUGUACACACCUGAUUCUUAAGCCUUUCUUUCUCUCUCUCUCUCUCUCUCCCUCUCACUUGUUGUGUUAGGCUCCUUUAAUCUUCUGGGUAUUCCUUUAUUUUCUCUUCUCUUUCUACUUUCUCAAAGCUUUCGUUUGCUAGCUUGGAAGAGAAACAAAGAAAGAAAAAGAUGGGUAGCGUUGCAGAAAGUACUGAGAGAAAAAGACGUAUCCACACUGGCUUGCUUCCUCACAGCAACCAAGGAGAGAAAGAUGAAUUGUAUGUUGAACUAUGGCAUGCAUGUGCUGGACCUCUUGUUUACAUCCCGCGCGCUGGAGAGAAAGUAUUCUACUUCCCUCAAGGUCACAUGGAACAGGUUGAGGCGUACACCUCUGACGAUGGUAUAAUGGAAAUGCCAAUUUACAAUUUGCGUUCUAAGAUCCUCUGCAAGGUUGUUUAUGUUCAGCUAAAGGCUGAAGCUAACACAGAUGAGGUGUUUGCUCAAAUUACGUUGCUUCCAGUGGCAGAGCAAGACGAGCCAAGUUCGGAGGAUGAAAAUGCUCUAUUUUCACCUCAGAGAAUUGGUGUAUGCUCCUUUAUCAAGACUCUCACUACCUCUGACACAAGCACGCAUGGUGGAUUCUCUGUUCCCAAGCGCCAUGCUACUGAGUUUCUCCCACCUCUGGACACAACUCAGCAAACACCCGCACAGGAAUUGGUUGCUAAGGACUUGCAUGGCUAUGAAUGGCACUUUCGCCAUACUUAUCGUGGUCAGCCGAAGCGGCACUUGCUCACUAGCGGUUGGAGUACCUUUGUGACUGCAAAGAAGCUUGUUGCUGGAGAUGAAUUUAUCUUCCUUAGAGGGGAAAAUGGACAACUUCGUGUUGGGGUCCGCCGUGCUAUGAAACAACUAAAUAGUCCAUCAGUAUCUGUAAUAUCUGGAUACAGCAUGCAACAUGGCAUACUUGCUGGUGCUUUCCAUGCCGUUUCUACUGGAACCAUGUUUACUGUAUACUACCGCCCUUGGACAAGUCCUUCCAAAUUUAUCAUACCUUUUGAUCAGUACAUGAAGUCAACUGAAAAUUACUAUUCAAUUGGAACAAGAUUCAGAAUGCGGUUUGAAGGUGAAGAAUGUUCAGAAAAGAGGUAUAUGGGUACUAUAGUUGGUAACAAAGAUAUUGAUUGCAUUAGGUGGCCUGGUUCAGAAUGGAGAUGUCUUGAGGUGCAAUGGGAUGCCACACCGGACACAUUUUUGCAUCCUGAAAGGGUUUCACCUUGGAACAUUGAGCUGAUAGAAUCUACUUACAAGAGGUCUACUUCUAUCAUAUCCGAACAAAAUAGGAAACGACCAGUUAAUCCAUCGUCUGAGUGUUCUUGCUUGAGUAGAGAUGGUUUGGUUCAAUAUCCAGCUGAAUAUACAUGUCCAAAACACCUAAGGGUCUUUCAAGGUCAAGAUAAAAGGAACACUGGUGCUCAAGAACUGGGUGCACAAACCCCUGAUGUAUUACCACAUCUGGUAGCCCCAUCAAAUCCUAAUUGGGGCCAUAGGCAUUUGGGAUUAGAGAAUCAGCUAUGCAGUCCAAUGCAUGAACGAUUGUCUCAAUGUAACAGCAACAAAAUAUCAUAUUUAAGUAAGAAUAUAGCGGCUCCUUGCCCCACGCACCAAUGGAAUCCAAGAUAUGGAGUCUGUGACAAUGUUGCAGCUAGCAGAAACACUUCAGUUUCAAAUGUCACCUCUAGCAAUUCUGGGUACCAGGAAUGCAGGGCUUCUGAAUCAAGGGAUGAGAAUGAAGCUCUGCUUGCCCCACCAACUGGCUGUUACAGAUACAGGCUUUUUGGUGUCAAUCUAUUUAAUAGUUACCCGGAGCUCCCUUCACCACAAGUAGCCACUUAUUGUGAGCUUUCAAGUCCUUGUUCGGUUCCUCCAACAUCUCAGUCAAGUGUUUGUCAAACUAUCCAGGUUUCAGAGCCCUCUAAGAGUAGCUCGGACGUUCUUCUGGACAAACAAUGCAACAAUUGUUCUAUCACUAAUAGGAGUUGCACAAAGGUGCGCAAGUAUGGAAAUGCUCUUGGAAGAUCAGUUGACCUAAUGCGAUUUGAUGGGUAUGAUGAACUGAUUUCAGAGCUUGACCAUAUGUUUGAUUUCAAAGGAAGUUUGAUCAAUGGAAGCAGUGGGUGGCAUGUAACCUUUACAGAUGAUGAAGGGGACAUGAUGCCAAUAGGAGAUUACCCAUGGCAGGAAUUUUGCCUCAUGGUGCGAAAGAUGCUUAUCUAUCCAAAGGAAGAGAUUGACAGGCAGAAUCCAGGCUCACCAGAUCCAACUCCCCUCUAAUUGCUCUUUGCCGAGGUUACUUAUGUCUUAUUUUGCAUCUGAUUAUAUACUUCAAUAAUACAUAUGAGAGAGAGAGAGAUAGAGAUGGUAUCACUUGUCAGUCCAUUAUGUGAACAUAGCUAUGCACAAUAUGUUAUGCUGUUAGUUGAAUUGGGAUGAAAACCUAUGCACUUUAAUUAUGUAAAUGCAGCAAUGCUUGCUACAUGAAUGCUGCUAUUUAUUUUA